AUGCCGCAACGAUUGAGGCACGAUGCGUAUCGAGUGGGAUGGAUCUGUCCAUUGGAGGUGGAACAAAUCGCGGCAAUGCAAAUGUUAGAUGAGGAACAUGAAGGGCUACCACUACGACCUGGGGAUGAGAAUGUGUACAUCCUUGGCAGUAUAAAUAAGCAAAACAUUGUGAUCGCUGGCCUUCCUGGUCAAGGGAACUGUUUUGCCGCCAGUGUUAUCGCUCAAAUGAGGAUGGCAUUCUCGUCCCUCAAGUACGUUUUAUUAGUGGGCAUUGGGGGUGGUGUACCUGUAAAGACACGGCAUGGAAUGAUCCGCCUCGGGCAUGUGGUGGUUAGUGAUCCGACAGGAAUACACUCCGGAGUGGUGCAGUAUGAUCAUGGAAAAUCGAAGACAGGCCAAUUUGAACGCACAGGUUGUCUUAGUCCCCCACCACAAGCUCUUCUCAGCGCUGCACGAGUUCUGCAAGUGAAGCGUGAAGGAAUGGACUACGACCCGAUUUGGACCAAUUUGAAGAGGUUUCAAACCAAGCGCCGAAUUAAUAGUCGCUUUAAGUUUCCAGGGGCUGAAAACGAUCAUCUCUACCACCCAGACUGUGAACACCAGGUGAAAGAUGUUUCCUGCGAAGAAAGUGCCUGUCCGCAGGAACAGCGCAUCAAGCGAAUACCAGACGAAGAAGAAGAGUCUUGGGUCGUAGUACAUAGAGGCACAAUAGCGUCUGGGGAGCUGGUCAUGAAGAAUGCUAAGCAGCGAGAUGAGCUAGCGCGGGAGCAUAGUGUGCUCUGUUUCGAGAUGGAAGCAGCUGGGGCUCUCACAGGCUUUCCAUGCCUGGUUAUCCGUGGAAUUUCCGACUAUUGCGACUCGCAUAAAAACGAUGUAUGGCACGCGUACGCAUCGGCAGUGGCGGCCGCUUAUGCACGGGCGUUAAUUUGCUACCUGCCCGUGGAAGAGAUCGAGAGGUCAGAGAUCAAGACUGAGACAAAAGCAGAUCACCAAUUCCGAUACUUUGUUGUUCCAUCCUUAGACAAACGUCACUUUACCGGCCGAGAAACCACGCUUGAACAACUCCAACAGAGGCUUUUUAUCCAGGCGAACACUCAAAAAUUAGCGCUUUUCGGAUUAAGUGGCAUCGGCAAAACUCAAGUCGCUCUUCAAUUUGCGCAUUGGGUUAAAAAAGCGAGGCCCGAAUUCUCUAUAUUUUGGGUUCCCGCAUAUAGUUUGCAGAGCUUUGAGCAAGCGUGUUUGCAGAUCGUGAAGGAGGUUGGAAUCCAACAACGUUCAGAAGAUGCAAGCGAAAGUGCUAGGGAAUUAGUCCAUCACUACCUCAGAUCGAAUGCAGCUGGGAAGUGGCUUUUCAUCGUGGACAAUGCCGAUGACCACGACUUACUUAUCACUGAACUUUACCAGUUCAUCCCAGCCAGCGAGAACGGUGUGACCUUGCUCACUACCUGUUACCGUGAGGUAGCGGUGACAUUUGCAACAAAGGACAUAGUCGAGCUCGACAAGAUGGCGUUAACAGAGGGUAAGGCUUUUAUUGCCAAGAUCGUCCGUGAAGAAUUGCUCUGCGAAGAGUCCACUACUCAAUUACUAGAGGAGCUUCAUUACCUACCUCUUGCUAUCACACAGGCGGCGUUCUAUGUUAGCCGUACUGGUAUAACGAUCUCACAAUAUCUCAAGCUCAUGCAUAAGACGGAAAAGAAUCGAGCAGAUCUCGCGAGCAGGAAAUUCUUUGAUUGCACUCGAUAUCCUUCAAAGGAUAACGCUAUUACCACAACUUUUAUCAUUUCAUUUGAACGAAUCAAGAAUUCUGAGCCCGAUGCUGCAGAGUUGUUGGAAUUCUUGUCCUAUAUUGAACCAAAGGCAAUUCCACGAUCAAUGCUUCCUUUACUGAAGUCAGAAGAAAACACAGAAUUUGCGAUUGGAACAUUAUGGGACUACGCAUUUUUGACCAGGAGAGAUGAUGGAAAGGAAUUGGAUAUGCAUGGUUUGGUUCAGCUCUCAACACGGCAGUGGGUAGAGAAGGCUGGCCAUACACAACAGGUUAUUCAGAAGGCGAUUCAGCAUAUGGAUGACUGCUUCCCCUCUGAUGAGUUUACCUGCCGUGAGGUCUGGAGAACGUACCUACCGCACACCCUCAAGCUUAUUCAUAGAUGUGAAAGCAAGGGUACAAAUGAGAGAUAUAGCUUACUUGCUAAGGCCGGAGGCUGCGCCAUGGCUGAAAGUCGAGCAAAAGAGGCUAUUGGAUUGUUUGAAGAAGUAUCUAUGUGGCAGAAGAGUCAACACGAUGAGGAACAACACACUGAUCGACUAUUGUCCCAGCAUGCGCUUGCAGAGGCAUAUGAAUUAGAUGGCCAGCGUAAGCUAGCGCUGCAAAUCUUCGAGCGUGGAGUUGCAAUACUAGAGGAGACGGCCGAUGAAAAGGAUCGCUUUCUACUAGCAUACCAGUAUUCACUCGCAUUAACGUAUCGAUCAAACGGCAAGAUCAAAGACGCUGUGAAGCUCCUCGAGCACGUGGUCAGGGUACAAGAGAGAAAGUGUGAUGAAAAACACCAUGAUCGACUAGGGUCCCAGCAGGCCCUCGCAGAGGCAUACCAGUCAGACGGCCAGAUCAAGCGAGCCAUCAAGAUCUUCGAGCAUGUGGCCAAAAUACGAGAGGACACGCUUCACGAAGAAGAUCCUAAUCUAGUGUCGUCCCAAUACGCACUCGCAAAGGCAUAUAAAUCAGACGGCAAGAUUAAGGAGGCUAUAAAGCUCCUCGACCACGUGGUUAUGAUACGGAAGAGAACACUACAUGAAGACAACCCUGAACGGCUAUCCUGCCAGCACGUACUCGCAAAGGCUUAUCAAUCAAGCGACCAGAUUGAGCAAGCCAUCCAGUUCCUCGAGCAUGUGGUUCAGGUACGAAAAAGGACACUUAACGAAGAAGACCGUAAACUAUUAUCGUCCCAGCAUGAUCUCGGAAAAGCAUACCAAUCAGCCGGCCAGGCCGACCUAGCCAUCCAGUCCCUCGAGCAUGUGGUUAGGGUGCGAAAGAGGACGCUUAAUGAAGAAGAUCCUAAACUAUUGUCGUCCCAGCAUGAUCUCGGAAAAGCACACCAAUCAGCCGGCCAGAGUGAGAUAGCUGUGCAAAUCCUUGAGCAUGUGGUUGAGGUACGAGAUAGGACGCUUGAAGAAGAGGAUUCCAAACGACUAUCGUCCCAGCAUUUACUCGCUGUAGCCUAUCGAUCCAACGGUCAGAGCAAGCUAGCCGUGCGAAAACUCGAGCAUGUGGUUGAGGUACGAGAGAACACGCUUGGCGAAGAAGAUAAUAACCGACUGGGGUCUCAGCAUGCCCUCGGAAAAGCGUAUCAUCGAAAUGGACAAUUUAAGGAGGCCGUGCAGAUCCUCAAGCACGUGGUUGCGAUAAAACAGAGGACGCUUGAUGAAAAACAUCCCUCCCUACUGUCUUCGAAGAAAGCACUCGCAAUGGCAAAGAAGUCGAGUCGAAGGAAGACCACGUAUAUAGACUAG